AACCCGCAUUUGAACUUGCAGGCGAGCUGACCCAAGUCUUUCUGGGGGAGAACUCCAGGCGGGGUUGGGCGCAACAGCCUGCCGAGAGAGAAGUGUAGGUGCAGAGAACGGGCGCUGGGGACCGCGAUCCGCCUGCCACCAGCUCCUCCCGCAUCCUCCCGCAUCCUUCGCGCGCACCCGGCCCCGGUCCACCGCGUCUCCUCUAUGAUCCACUCCGGCCACGCCGAGAUCAUUCGCUCAGAGCUGCGGUGAAUUUUUUUUUUUUUUUUUGGAUCCCCAAACUGCUCUUAAGCCGCCUUCCAAGGACAAGAUGUUGAUGAAUAUAAAGAGCAUCUUAUGGAUAUCCUCUACCUUAAUAACAACCAGUGUCCUACAAAAUGUCAAAGUGGACAAAAGGUUACCUGUUAAGGGCUCCCUCUCUGGAAAAGUCAACCUUCCAUGUCAUUUUUCAACCAUGCCAACCUUAUCACCCAGCUACAGCACAACCAGUGAAUCUCUUAGAAUCAAAUGGUCUAAGAUUGAAGUGGACAAAAGUGGAAAGGAUUUAAAGGAGACCACUGUACUUGUGGCCCAAAAUGGAAAUAUCAAGGUUGGUGAGGGUUACAUUGGCAGAGUCUCAGUGCCAAUACAUCCUGAAAAUGAAGGAGAUGCUACACUCACCAUGAUCAAAUUGCUUGCAAGUGAUGCUGGCCUCUACCGCUGUGAUAUCAUGUAUGGGCUUGAAGACACACAACAUACUGUAUCAUUGGCUGUAGAAGGAGUUGUAUUUCACUAUCGGGCAUCAACCAGCAGGUAUACUCUGAACUUUGAGACUGCCAAAAAGACCUGUUUGGAUAAUGGGGCAGUCAUAGCUACCCCAGAGCAGCUCUUUGCAGCCUAUGAGGAUGGAUUUGAGCAGUGUGAUGCAGGCUGGCUCUCCGAUCAGACUGUAAGGUAUCCCAUCCGAGCCCCUCGUAUAGGGUGUUAUGGAGAUAUGAUGGGGAAAGAGGGAGUUCGGACCUAUGGAUUCCGCUCACCUCUUGAAACUUAUGAUGUGUAUUGCUACGUGGACAGUCUGGAUGGUGACGUUUAUCACAUCACUAGUCCCAAUAAAUUCACUUUUGAUGAGGCCAAAGAAGAGUGUGAAAACCAGGAUGGCCGGCUGGCGACGGUGGGAGAGCUCCACGCGGCUUGGAGGAGCGGCUUAGACCAGUGCGAUUAUGGGUGGUUGUCGGACUCCAGCGUGCGUCACCCUGUGACUGUGGCCAAGGCUCAGUGUGGAGGUGGUUUAGUUGGGGUGAGAACCCUGUAUCGUUUUGAGAACCAGACUUGCUUUCCUCUCCCUGAUAGCAGAUUUGAUGCCUACUGCUAUAAACCUAAACCGAAUAUAACAGAGACUACAACCUUCGAACUUGAAGAAACUGCAUCACCCAGUUUUUCUUCAGAAUUUGUACCUGAAGAAACUACACCUGUCAUUCCUUUAGUCACUGAAUUACCUAUGAUUACAACAGGGUUUCCCCCUGUGGGAAAUAUAAUUAAUUUUGAACAGAAAAGCACAGUUAAGUCUCAGUUGUACACUGAGUCACCUACAUCUGCUGCAAGUACCAAAACGCCUUUGGAUAUGACCUCCUAUUUACCUUCUUCAGCACCUCUUGAAAAGACAGAUAUAUCUGAAAUUAAGGAACAAUUACUUCCAAGCUCAACUGUCACUUCUCAUUACACUACAAACUCAAAGGAUGGUGCCACAGAAGACAUAAAAACUCAAGAAUCAGUUACACAAAUUGAGCAAAUAGAAGUGGGUCCGUUGGUAACAUCUAUGGAGAUUUCAAAGCACUUUCCAUCUGUAACUGAAACACCAUUUAUAUCUACAACAAUGACCCCAGAAUCCCAAACUGAAAAGAAAACUGUAAGCCCCUUUUCUGAAUCAGUGACCACAAGAAGCAAUGGCUUGGGUGAAGAUGAUGGUGAAAUCGGAACAAUUAGAUCUGGUCAGAGCACGUUGGUUGUCAGCCAAAUGCCUGAAGUUAUCACUGUAUCAAAGAUUUCAGAAGACACUACCCCCACAGAACUGGAGCAUUUAGAGUCUGUCGCUGCAUCUACAAUUGCUUCACUUAUAACUAUGUCUGAUAGUGAUAGAUCAACCUUGAGCUGGGAAGAGGAAAAAACUAAUGGUGGGGUUUCUGAAAAUGGUCUUGACCAAUCGGUUUCCAGCACACCUUUGCCAGCACAUCAAACAGAAGUUGAUUUACUUACUUAUUCUCAGGAUAAACAUUUAAUUGGAGCAAAGAGCACAAUUGUUUAUCCCUAUCUAGAAACCAAAGUGACACAAGAAACAGAAAGAACAGAAACAGAAGCAAGAGAUUUGAAGGAAGAGUUUAUGACAACUCCAUUUGGAUUAGAAACCAGUGGAUAUCAAGAUACGACCAAGUAUGAUGAGGGUACUACAACUGUGCAUUUGACCCACCGCACUCAAAGUGUAGAGGUGGUUACUGUAUCAAAAUGGUCAUGGGAUGAAGAUAACGCAACAUCAAAGAUUUUAGGAUCCACAGAGUAUACAGACUCUCCGGAAUUGUCCUCUGCCUUGCACACCACUAUGAGGAUUAGUGAAAAGGAUAAAGAAACCCCAAGUUUCACUGAAGAUAGAGGGGAUGAUUUUACUCAGACCCCAGAUAGUACUCAAACGUUAGUAGAAGAACAUACUGAGGAAGUCACAGCGGAUCUUGGGAAGUUCACAGUCAGUUUUCAGCCAACUGUACCUAUUAGUAUCACAGAAAAGUCAACAACAACUACAGCUACAACUGAAGAAAGAGGUUCUCCUAUCUCAAGAACAGAGGGCCAUGAUUAUUCAACCGUAGAAAGUAGUGCUUCUAGUGAAGGGGAAGAUGUGGAUGUCUCUAAAUCCGCAUCUACCGUGCCCCAGUUUGCUUACACUUCAAAUGUUGAAGGAUUAGCUUUUGUUAAUUACAGUAGUAGUACUCAGGAGCCUACUACAUAUGUAGAUACUUCCCAAACCAUUACUCUUACUGUAAUUCCCCAAACAGAAUGGGGACCAUUAGUACCUUCUGUUUCAUCAGAAGGUGAAGUUUUAGGUGAGCCCUCUCAAGAUAUACGUGUUAUUGAUCAGACACACUUUGAAUCAACUAUAUCUCCAAAAACGCUAAGAACAGCAACAGAAGUUAUACAGGGAAUAGAUCAAGAAGAACAGUCUCCUGAGAUGACAAUUCCUGAUUUCAGUUUAACUACAGACACAACCCAGGAGACAACAUCAUCUCUGGAUAAACCAGAUAGUACUAAAUCAACGUACACAGUCUAUGAAGACAGUUCAGUGUCUGCAACUGAAAGAGUCCCAAGUUUAGAAACAACUUCAGUUGAAAAAAUGGACCAAAGUACGUUUUAUUUGCCUGGUACUGUCACUGAACAAAAUGGAAAAACAGAUGAAGUGGUCACAUUAACCCCAAGUAUGGAGCCAAAAGGGUCUUUAAGUCCAGGACCUGAAACAACCGAUGAUAUUAGUUUAUCCCCUUUCAGUACCAUUGUUACCCAGUUUAUGGAGGCCACCAUUACUGCGAAAAAAGAGAAAACCUCCCUAGAUUAUAUUGAUUUAGGCUCAGGAUUAUUUGAAAAGCCCAAAGUCACAGAAUUUCCAAGUGAAGCCACUGUUUCUAGUGAUAUCACCACUGCUUUCAGUUUAGGAGACCAACUUCACACCAUUUCAGCUUUCAAGCCAUCUUCAGCAUCCACAGAGAAACCACCUUUUAUUGAUAGGGAACCCGGUGAAGAAACAACCAGUGAUACCAUUAUUGGAGAAUCAACUUCUUAUAUCUCUCCCACUCCCUUUGAGGAUAUUGCAACCAAGGAAACAGAAGGUGUUGUUGACACAGAGUAUUUCACAAGUUCAAGUUCUCUUGUUACACAGCCAACGAGACCACCCACUGUGGAUGAAAGAGAGACUUUAAGACCUCAGGAAGUUUCUACUACAGAACACCCCACAGGGACAAAACUCCAACCUGAAAUAAAUGUUUAUAUUAUUGAGGUCAGAGAAAACAAAACAGGUCGAAUGAGUGAUUUGAAUGUAAUUGACCAUCCAAUAGAUUCAGAAUCUAAAGAAGAAACACCUUGUAGUGAAGAGGAUGUUUUAGAACACGAAAUAAUUUUACCUCACUACAUUGAAAUAGAUUUAUAUCCAAGUGAAGAGGAUGAAGAGGAAGAGGAAGACUGUGAAAAUACUACUGAGGUAACCACCACUCCAUCAGUGAAGUACAUAAAUGGAAAGCAUCUGGUCACUGCUUUGCCCAAGGAUCCAGAAGUGGCAGAAGCCAGGCGUGGCCAGUUUGAAAGUGUUGCACCUUCUCAGAAUUUUUCAGACAACAGUGAAAGUAAUAGUCAUCCAUUUUUUAUAGCUGAAACUGGAUUGUCUACUGGCCUACAGCCUAAAGAAUCUAAAGAAACAACAGAAUCAUUUGAAAUUACAUGGAUGCCUGAGAUUCACUCUGAAAUUCCAGAACAUUUUUCCAGUGGUGAGCUUGAUGCUUUCCCGACAGCUACAUUUCAGGAAAAAGAAGCCACAGAGGAGCCAGAAUCAGUCACAAAGGGAACAUCUGAACUAGAUCAUCUGGUGCCUGAUCAUACCAAUACUGUACUUUUGUUUUCUGAAGAGUAUUCAGGAGAUUCCCCCAUUGACCAGGAAUCUCAGAAAACAGUCUUUUCAAGGACCACAGAAGUAACUUCAAGUUCUUCAUCAGCAAAUAUUUCAGAGGACUUAUCAAUUACCUUAGCAGAAAAUCCAAGAUCUGGUGAUCCAGGGUCUACUGUAGAGAACUGGUUGGAAGCAACCCCUCGACAAAUUGUAGAAUUCUCAGGGAAUCCUUCAAUUCAAAUCCCAGAUGGCUCUGGAGAAGCAGAAGAAGAUAAGGAUAAAAUCUUCACCAUAGAAACUGAUCUAUCACAAAAAUAUACUACGGAUACACUCACUGCUUUAGACACCAGCAAUGCCAUGCUUACAGAAAGCCUUUUUGAUGUUCCUGUGACCUCUGUUUAUUCGACUUCUGAGCAGCGUUCUGUAGAAGUUCCACCUACCAACUCUGUAAGGGAAACAGACACUUCCACAUGGAUGCCCCACACAUCUCCUGAGGAAAAGGAAAAGAAAAAUGAGGAAGAGGGAUUUACUGGCACAGCUUCAAGAGUUGAGGUAUUUUCACUUACCCCAAAAACAGACCAAUUAUUUUUACACUCUGAACUUGAGAGGCAAAAUGAAUCUACACCUGGUGAUUCACUAUUGGAUACCAGGGGAAGCUUUGUGCCCUUGACCACACCCACACAGCCUGAACAAGAAAUGUCAAGUUCUCAUCUUGUUUUCACAGAAAUAUAUAUUUCAGACCAUCUGGAAACUCAUAGCCCUCAAUCCAGCCUUAGCAAUCAACCUGGAGUUCACAAAGGGCUGUCUACUGCUUCAGGGAGCACCUUUAUGGAGCAUGGAUCUGGAGAAGCAGCCACUGACCCAGAAAUCACUACUGUUUCUUCACUUCCAUUACAUUAUGAGCCCGAAAUUCAUACCAUAAAGGAAGCAGCUGGCCCAUUGUCACCCUCUGUGGAAAGUAUAUUCUCUUUUGAGCCAACAGAACAAGUUUUGAAUAAAGAAUUGGGAGGAGAGGCUACUGAAAGUAUAAGCCAAACAUCUAAGGAAAAUGUGUUUUUAGAGGGUUCAGGUGAGCGUCAUCCUGGGAUAGAGAUUAAGGACUUUCCUACAGAUUUUCCACUGGAGGAAGAUUUUAGUGGUGACUUUAGAGAAUACUCAACAGUGUCUUACCCCAUACCAAAAGAAGAACUAGGGAUACCAGAAGGCUCUGGGGUUGCAGACUUUAAGGAUUCCCAGAUUGUGUCAUCCUCACUACCUAGUUCAGAUUACAUAAUUGACUUGGAAAGAACUGACUGGACCUCAAUCAGUACAUCAGCUUUCCCUUGGGAAGAGUUCACAGUCUCUGCGGAGGGUUCAGGUGAACAGUUGGCUUCAGUUAGCAGCUCUGUUGAUCAAGUGUUUCCAAGUGCUCCAGGUAAUGUUUUUGAUAAAAAUUCACCAUCUGUUGACCAAGAUUUGGGACAAGCAGCUAUUAUAAAUAACUUUGGUAAAAGAUCCACCAUUUUACCAACAGUAGAAACUGAAGGUACUGAUGUGGUCACCUCCAGCACAGUUGGCACGGGCUUCUCUCAAACUAUGGAGCCAGCCAAAUUAUGGUUGAGGCAAGAAACUAACUCUGUGAUACAAGGCAUGAAAAGUGAAACAGGAUCAGAGGAAAUAGUUGAAGAACAAAAUCGAUUUCAAUCCUUUCAGAGCUCUGUUGCACCAGAACAAGCACGUUUUGAUUCUCAAACAUUUACUGAAACAGGACUCAGAAUGACAGAUUAUUCUGCAUUAUCAACAAUGAAAACUUACAGUACUGUUAAGGAUAUGGAGGAGGAAGACAUUUCCUCAGUUGAUAUCUCUUCAUAUUCGGAUGCAAAGGCAUUGGAACUCCACCCUACUCUCCUGGGUGUUGCUAAAGACCCCCAUUUUUUCUUACCUACUACCUCAGAGACUCAAUCUAUGGCAGCUGAAAAUGUAUUGACAGAUUCGUCAAUAAAAGAAGAUAUUAAACCUUUUACAAGACCAACAAUUAAAGAGUUAGAUAGUGAUCUUUUAUUUUCUGGACAAGGGUCAGGAGAAAUCAUGUCCACUAUAGCAUCUGUGAGUUUUCCUGAAAUGAAAAACACUUUGCAAACAUUACAUCCCUUGAGUUCUCAAGUGGAAAUUUUAGAAACAAACAUCUUAAGUGACACAACUGAAAAUAAUGUAGGAAUAGAACAUGUGUCAAAUGACCUUAGACCAUCUAUUACUGAAACAGACAAUAUCUCUGAAAAUAAUGAAACAGUAUCUAACACAACCAUAUUGAAAAUAUUAAGUGACACAAAAUUCAAUGAGCCCACAAAGGCACCUUUCAUUUUCUCCAAAGAGACUGAGCAGGAUCAAAAACAGACUUUCAGUUGGGCAGAAGAAAUCCAAACUAGUAGACUACAGAUUAUGACUGAACAAGCUUCUGAGGAGAAUUUGUCAGUAGUUGAAACAAAAGAAAGAACACCCGCUCCGACUGUUUUAAGUAGAACUUAUGAUCUUGAAAUGACCAAAGGAUCUAUUACAUCAUCUGCUGAACCAUCUAUCUUGUUUUAUGAACAUUCUGGGGAAGGGUCUGGGGAAUUGGAUAUGGUUGAUUUAGUUCACACUUUUGGAACUACUCAGGCAACCAGGCAAGGAAGUGCAACAGUUAUUUCUGAUAGAUCCUUGGAAAAACAUUCUAAGGUGCCAAAUGUUACUACUGUUACUGUUGAUGGAUUCCCAACAGUUUCGGUAGUGCUGCCUCUUCAUUCAGAACAAGACAAAAACUCCCCUGAUCUAACUCACACACUCUCAUAUACAAUGUCAUACGAGAGAGCCCCAGAAAGUAUUUCUCAUAGUUUCCAAGACAAUUUCAAGGGAUUCAAGGAGUCCACCUUAAAACCUGAUCAGAGAAAAGUCACUGAAAACAUAAUUAUAGAUCUGGACAAAGAAGAUAAGGACUUAAUGCUGACAAUUACAGAGAGACCCAUCCUUGAAAUUCUACCUGAAUUGACAUCAGAUAAGAAUACUAUCAUCGAUAUUGAUCAUACAAAACCCAUGUAUUCUGAUAUCUUCGGAAUGCAAACAGACAUGGAUCUAGAGGGGUCCCAUGGUGGUACUAAAGAAGAAAGUCCUCAAGUGCAAGAGGUUCUUGAAGCAGCUGUUAGUCUUCCUUCUACGGAGGAAAACUAUGAGAGUUCUGGUGAAAUUCUAACUAGCUACACUUGGGCAACACAUACUGAAUUGAUGACUUCUGAAGACAGAAGCCAAUUAGAUCCCACAAGCUUUGUCCUCACCACCAAAUUCCCUGUUCUUACAACAAAAACAGAUUCAGAUAUUUUACUUCCUCUGACAGAAAUAGAAUCAGAUAUUUUACUUCCCACAGCAUCAUCCCUACCUGUUUCUAAUAAGUCUGCUACAGUUAAUCCAGUUAUUGAAGAAGCCGCAAUGGAAACACAAACCCUGGAUGACAUAUUUGAAUCUAGCACAUUGUCUGAUGGUCAAGCUAUUGCUGACCAAAGUGAAAUAAUAUCAACACUGGGCUAUUUGGAAAGAACACGGGAUGAGUAUGAAGAAAAGAAAUAUGCAAGUCCUUCAUUUCAACCAGAAUUCUCCUCAGGAGCUGAAGAGGCACUGGUAGAUCCUGCAUCCUAUGUAAGUAUUGAUAGUAUCCACGAAAUGACCCAGAAUUUAACAGAAGCACCAGAUAAUCUUGUGAAAGGAUCCAGUUUCUCAGAUAACAGUGAUAAGACAUCAGCAAUUUAUGCUUUUGCAACAUUGUCCUCAAAUACACCGGCAUCUCCUUUUACUGUCCAUGUAGGCUGGGGAGCCUCUGAACACAUAGACGGUGCCCAGUUAGGUGUUCUGCAAAGCACUGAGGCCAGCAUAGCUCAAAUGUCUCCAGGAAAACGUUCAAAUCUUGAAGUGCCUUCCAAACCUCCCAGUGAAGAGGAUUUUCGCAUACUUGAACCUCUGUCUUAUUCUCCUACCACAGAAUCUGACCCCUCGGAAGAUCAAAAUCAAGUUAAGUUAUUAGAACAAAUGGGAGCUUUUCCGACAGAACUAAUCAUUAAAGAAGGAACCGAGAGUAUCCCAGAUUCCCAGAACAAAGCUAAUGUUCAACUUUCUGGGGAAACAAUCAAAGUACUUCCCAGUGUUACAACCCCUGAGUUUGGAGCUGUUAGCACAUUUGGUCGUGAAAUGAAAGUACAAGAUGCUAUGCUGUGGCCAAAUCCUACUGCUCCUUCUGUGACUUACCAGGUUGAGGCAGACAUGAUGCCUCAGAUGAGCACAUACACUUCUGAGAGGCCCAAGGUUCCUUCUGAGAAAAUAAACCUAGAAACCCAAGCAGUUUUGGUCAAAGGCGAAGACCCCACUAUUGCAGCAACAGAACAGCAAGUAUCAGCGAGAAUUCUUGAUUCCAACAACCAGGCAACAAUAAGCACUUCGGGGUUGAAUACUGAGCUUACAACAUCAUCAUUUCCCCUUCUGGAAAGUUCUAAUGAAACCAGUUUCCUGCUUGGCAUUAAUGAAGAGUCAGUGGAAGGCACAGCGAUCUAUUUACCAGGACCUGAUCGUUGUAAAACGAAUCCAUGCCUUAAUGGAGGCACCUGUUAUCCUACUGAAACUUCCUAUGUGUGCACUUGCGUACCAGGAUACAGUGGUGACCAGUGUGAACUAGACUUUGAUGAAUGUCACUCUAACCCCUGUCGCAAUGGAGCUACGUGUAUUGAUGGAUUUAAUACAUUUAGAUGUCUUUGCCUUCCAAGCUAUGUUGGUGCACUUUGUGAGCAAGACACUGAGACUUGUGACUAUGGCUGGCACAAAUUCCAAGGACAGUGCUAUAAAUACUUUGCUCAUCGUCGCACGUGGGAUGCUGCUGAAAGGGAAUGCCGUCUGCAGGGUGCCCAUCUAACCAGUAUUCUGUCUCACGAAGAACAAAUGUUUGUGAAUCGCUUGGGCCAUGAUUAUCAGUGGAUAGGCCUCAAUGACAAGAUGUUUGAACAUGAUUUCCGUUGGACUGAUGGCAGCUCAUUGCAAUAUGAGAACUGGAGACCUAAUCAGCCAGACAGCUUUUUUUCUGCUGGAGAAGACUGUGUUGUAAUUAUUUGGCAUGAAAAUGGUCAGUGGAAUGAUGUUCCUUGCAAUUACCAUCUUACUUAUACCUGCAAGAAAGGAACAGUUGCUUGCGGCCAACCCCCUGUUGUAGAAAAUGCCAAGACCUUUGGAAAGAUGAAACCACGUUAUGAAAUCAACUCUCUAAUUAGAUAUCACUGCAAAGAUGGUUUCAUUCAACGCCACCUUCCAACUAUUCGUUGUCUAGGAAAUGGAAGAUGGGCUAUGCCUAAAAUUACCUGCAUGAACCCAUCUGCAUACCAAAGGACUUAUUCUAAGAAAUACUUUAAAAAUUCCUCAUCAGCAAAGGACAAUUCAAUAAAUACAUCAAAACAUGAUCAUCGUUGGAGGUGGCAAGAUUCCAGGCGCUGAGCCCUAAAAUGGCGAACACAUGUUUUUCAUCAUUUCAGCCAAAGUCCUAACUUCUUGUGCCUUUCCUAUCACCUUGAGAAGUAUUACCAGUUGGUUUGAAUUUUUGGACCUCUGUCCAGUCAUUUUGGGUUGCUGUGCUCCCAAAACAUUUUAACUGAAAGUGUUGGCAUUCAAAAGUAGGCAAGCAAAAAAAAAUGAAGGCAUAAAGGAACCAUUUCCAGCCCAAUUAUUUUUUAGUUUUUUUAUUUGCCUCCAAUGCAGACUAUUAUAUAAUGUAUACCAGCCUACUGUACUAUUUAAAAAGCUCGAUUUUAGCAUCAAUGGCAAUGUAAAUAAGAUGAUUUAAUGUUGAUUUUAAUCUUGUAUAUAAAAUAAAAAGUCACUUUGAGUUCAGGCAUAUUUAAUAAUGGUUAUGGGCCUUUAUUGGUCUUUAAUCACUAGUUCGGCUGCUUUUUGUAGUGUGCUUAGGCUGGAAAUGGUUUUAUUUGCCCCUUGACCAUCAGCAAGACUAAAGACAACUUCUCUGGACUACUAACCAAUGCAGAAUCCCAGCAGUCACCACGCCAUCCUUCCCAUUGGUGCAGCCGCUUCCCCGUGUUGCUAAAGCCUUGCUAAUGGAAUCCUGGUGGACUUUGGGACUACAAUGUGGAACUUUUCUUUGCUGCAUUCCUUUCUCUUCACUUACAAGAAAGGCCUGUAUGGAGGACUUUUCAAUGACCAGGAGCAUUUUAUAGGGGUCAAAGUGCUAAUUAUUAACUCAACCAGGUCUACUUUUUAAUGGAUUUCUUAACUCUAACUCGCAAGAUUACCAAUCUACACGUUUCCGACGGAUUUCAAUCCAGGGCUCUGGAGGGCGGGGGAUUGUUAAAACAACACAAAAAGAAAGCAAUUUUGUAUAUAUAACCAUUUUAAUCUUUUAUAAAGUUUUGAAUGUCCAUGUAUGAAUGCUGCAGCUGUGAAGCAUACAUAAAUAAAUGAAGUAAGCCAUA